AUGACUCUUGCUAGCGACAUGCCUCCUGCAAAGGAAAACGUGAAUGCGGCUGGUGCCGUUCCGGGUACCGCUAUCACCGCCACUGCGGUGACAAACGCUGCGGAACCAAGUGAAGGAAGCUCGUCGUCGUCGCACGACGACGACGAGGUGCCUGCUCCGCUGGCCACCAGCGAUGUGGAGAAGUUCGACGGAGACCUCGAGCGGGGGUCGAUGGAGUCGGACGAGUCGAGACUGAUGCGCAUUGAGACGUCUUCGAACUUGUCCAGAGAGCUGUCGAGAAAGUUGACCGGGGCAGACAACCUGAAGGUCGACACGUCGACGCCGAUCCCAAGAAUGGGCAAGGACAGGGACUAUCCGCCGCCUCUUCCAGACUCGUCGAUGUACUCGGUUGCCUUUGACGGCGACGACGACCCCUUGCAUCCGCACAACUGGCCGGUCAUGAAAAAGCUGAUCCAGUGCUCCAUCGUCGGCGCAAACACCUUCUGUAUCGCCUUCGGCUCUGCCAUCUUUGCCCAGGCCGUCCUUCCCCUCUCGAAAAUCUACCACGUCCACUAUGUUGUCACCACCUUGUCCGUCACCUUGUAUGUUCUUGGCUUCGCCACCGGUCCCGUUGUGUGGGCCCCAUUGUCGGAGCUUUACGGGAGAAGACCGGUCCUCGUCAUGUCCUCCUUGGCGUUCUGCUGCUUCAACUUCGCCGUCGCCGUCAGCGACAGAUUGGAGUCCAUCCUCAUUUGUAGGUUUUUUGCCGGAUGCUUGGGUGCUGCUCCAUUGGUCGUCGUCCCUGCCUCCUUUGCCGACAUGUUUGGCAACGAAACUCGUGGUACUGCCAUAGUCAUUUUCUCCAUGUGCGUUUUCGUUGCACCUUUGAUGGCUCCUUUCAUCGGAGGCUUUAUUGUGAAAAACCCAUCCUUGGGCUGGAGAUGGACAGAAUUCAUCACCGGUAUUCUAUCCGCUGCCUCCUUUGUCUUGAUAAUUUUCUUCGAAACUGAAACACACCACCCAAUCAUCCUUGUCCAAAAGGCUAGAGAAAUCAGAAGAAGGACAGGCAACUGGGGUAUCCACGCUCCUCACGAUGAGUUCUCCCUCAACUUGUCCGAAAUUGUUGAAAACAAUCUUGCCAGACCAAUCAAGAUGUUGUUUCAGGAACCAAUCUUGUUCUUCAUCACCCUUUACAACGCUUUCAUCUACGGUAUGCUUUACUUAUUCUUGAGUGCUUAUCCGAUUGUCUUUGCCGAGGGUUACGGCAUGUCCGGAGGUGUCGCAGAGUUGCCAUAUUUCGGUCUGGUGAUUGGCCAAACCCUUGGAGGCCUGUUCUGUAUCUGGUCCGAAAGAGCCUACGUUAGAAAGCUGAAGGAAAAUGGUGGUAAAAUCAUCCCUGAGAACAGAUUACCCCCAAUGUUGGUCGGUGGUAUCUGUUUCCCAAUCGGUUUGCUAUGGUUCUGUUGGACUGGUAACUACCACGAAACCGUCCACUGGAUGGCUCCAACUGCCUCUGGUAUCUUCACAGGUUUCGGUUUGAUUGCAAUUUUCAACCCUUCAAUGAACUACAUCAUUGACGCUUACUUGGUUUUCGCCGCCUCCGCCAUGGCUGCAAACUCCUUCCUCAGAUCCGCCUUCGGUGCCGUCUUCCCAUUAUUUGCUACCUUCAUGUUUCACAACAUGGGUACAAACUGGGCAGGUCUCUUAUUGGGCUUGUUUGCCGUCGUAUUGAUCCUCUGUCCUCUCGCCUUCAUGAAAUGGGGUAAGAAGUUAAGACAAAGAAGUAAGUACGCUUUUGAUCUGAGCUGA